AUGGAUCAAUUUGGAGAGGAAAGAAAGUUGCAACCGAAUGAGCUUGAUGAGAUUCGGUUGGAAGCCUAUAAGAAUUCAAAGUUCUACACAGAGAGGACAAAGAAGUUCCAUGAUAGUUCAAUUGUUAGAAAGGACUUUAAGGUUGGGCAACAAGUUUUAUUGUAUAACUCUAGGCUCAGACCCAUAUGGGGUAAGUUAAGGUCAAAGUGGAUUGAACCAUUUGUUGGCACUAACGUUUAUCCUUAUGGUGCAGUUGAGAUCCAAAGUCCAUGCAUAGAUAAGAGCUUCAAGGUUAAUGGGCAUAGACUUGAGCCUUUCCUGAACAAUCCUUCUUUGUUGGAUGCAGUGGUGGAGGAGAUGUCUUUGCUCGACCCCGUUUCACUUUCGCAAUGA